AUGGAGAAAAGAGCUAAACGUUUUCAGAAUAAGGUAAGUGAAAAAUGCCACUGGAAUACCCUGAAAGAGGCAGUGUUUAUAUUUAAGAAAGAUAUAACAGCAAAAGCGCCAUGGGUCUCUGAAAAGAUGAUAAGGGAAAUGGAUGAAAGGAGAAAGUGGAAAAAUAUAGCAAGUAUGGAUGGUAUAUCAGCAGAGGUUUGUAAGAACUUGAAUGAAGAAAGAACAUCAGAGCUUGUUGUUAUAUGCAAGGAAAUUCAUGAAGGUGUCUGGCUAGCAGAAUUCACAAAGGCAUUCAUACUAUGUUUGCCAAAGAAACUGAAUGCAACUACAUGUGAGGAAUACAGAACCAUCAACCUAAUUACACAAGCGUCAAAGAUCUUACUUUGGGUUCUGAAUAAAAGACUAGAAGAAAAGGCUAGGGAUUACACCAACAUAACAUAG